AUGUGCCCUAAUGCGUGGCACGGUCAGUUUACGCGGGGUGAUCAAAAACAACCGACAAUAAUUUUAGAAGAAGUGGCAGCAUAUUACCUUUGGAUUUGGCAUGCAUUUUUUGGUUCAUCGGGUGCCAACAACGACAUCAAUGUUCUAGGCCAAUCACAAAUAUUUAACAACAUCUACCUUGGGAAAUCAUAUGAUGUACCGUUUGUAGCAAAUGAGACGUCACACAAGCGUGGGCAUUACCUUACUGAUGGAAUAUAUCUCGAGUUAACAGUAUUUUUGAAAUCGUUCACAUGUCCAAAUGAUGAAAAGCGAUUAAAGUUUAAAGUGGCACAAGAAUCUACUAGGGAGGGUAUCGAGCGCACAUUUGGUGUCCUAAAGAGGCGUUGGCAGAUACUCUCUGUACCAGCACAAUCUAUGGAGUGCAGACGAAUAAGUAGUUUGAUGUAUGCAUGUAUCAUAUUGCAUAAUAUGAUUUUAGAAGAUGAGGAGAGGGCAAUUCGCCAUUACAACGAGUCUGAGAAUUUACCAAAUGUCAAACGAGUUGGUAUUGGUUCGGAGGCUUACAUGGUGAACAAAGCGGAAAUGUACGACCGAGUUAGACACCACAACUUUCGUGCUGAUUUGGUGGAACACGUCUUCAAUGUUCGAAGGGAACCCAUUGUCGACGAUUUUGUUAAAGACAACUUAUUCAACGAUAUAAAUGAGGAAUUGGAAAUGUUUGAAGGAGAUGGUGAUGAAGAUUUUGAUGAUGUGUCAAAUGAAAAUGAUUAG